AUGGGUUUGAAGGAGCAACUGCGGGGCUUCCGAGCGGCGUGGUCUUGCAUGCCGUUGGCCCACAAGUUUAUUUAUGGCUCUCUUGCUUUUAAUGGGGUUUUGAUGGUGUGGCUGCUGCUGCAGCAGCGGCGCACCAGCAGCAGCAGCAGCAAACUGUGGCAGCAGCACAUGCAGCAAACCAGCAAAGAAACUGAAGGCUGGAAGUGCUACGACCUCGCGAAGCUGCUGCGCGAGCAGUGCAGCAGCGACGAGCUGCUGCUGGCCCAGCUCAUAGAGGAGGAGUCUGCUGCUGCAGCCUCUCCCGCUGCUGCUGCUGCUGCAGCAGCAGCUCCUGCUGCUUCCGCUGCAGCUGCCGCGACCGCAGCGCACCCCGCGUCUUCCGCAGCAGCGCCACCGCCAGCAGCAGAAGCAGCAGCAGCAACAGCAGCAGCAGCAGCAACAGAGGACCUAUUCUGCCGCCGCGUGGUGCAGGGGCUGCUGCAGUGCCGCGAAGAACUUUAUUUGCUGCUUGGCAGCAGCAAACUGCCAGCCAUGCAGCCUUUGCCUUUCAUUUCAAACAAACCCCGCUGGUUCAAGGAGCCCCAGUGGUUCCUAGACCUGCAGCAGCAGCAGCAGCAGCAGCAGCAGCAGUAG